CUGUACAUAAGCAGUCUCUGUCUGCCCCUUUUGAGGGGUGAGUGCCCCCUCAGAGAACCUCCACUAUUUUUCUGAAAUACAUUGAUCAGGCUCUCAACCAAUGUAUUCAGCCAUUUUUUAAAUUUAUGUUAUGACACUAAUUACUCAGAAAAGACUAAUUACAAACACACAAAAAAAUAUUUUUGGGAGCUCCAUUCCAACAAUGCACUGGGCCGCCUUCAACACACAGUGAAGGUCUUUGCAGCUGGCCGUGCAGCUGGCACACCACACUGGCACAGUUGGUCAGGAUGCUGUCAACAGUGCUCCUGUCGAAGUUGAGCAGCAGUUUCUGUGGAAGCGAUGCCUGCUUCAGCUCUCUGAGAAAACGGUCGUUGUUGGGGGUUCUUAACAGGUUGUGAGGUGAUGUCAGUCCAUGUCAGCUGUUUUUUACACAUUGACUCGGAAGGUGAUGCAGAACGAUCACAAGCAGACUCAAAAUUACUAUUAAGGGGUAAUAAGAGACAAAAAGUACACAGACACAAAACGACCUCAAUAAAACAAAACAACCACAAAGAGACACAAAAAGACCACAAUGAUACACAAAAUUGCCGCAAAGAAACACAAAACUGCCAAACAGAUUCACAAAAUACCAAUUACAAUGGUUGUUUUGUAUCUCUUGUUUUUGUUUUAGUAGUUUUGGGUUUUUUUUUAAAUCAGGAAAUCUUACCAAUAUCAGUGGAAACAUCAGAUUUUUUUUUAGAGCCUGACCGAUAUAGAUUUUGGGGGGCUGAUGCCAAUAUCGAUAUUUGGGAAUACAAGAUUCCUGAUGCCGAUAUAGUGGCUGAUAUAUAUAAACCUGACAAUGAGUCCUAAGGCCGUUAUCAAACCUUAAUGACAAAGAAAUGUAAUUGCGGCUUGAUAUUUUAGUUCAACCAUGAACUUUAUCAUUAAUAACUACAAAUUAAAAAAUGCAAAUACAACCAAAUAUAUAGAACUUAUAUAAAUAUUUAUGUUAUGUAAAAUGUAAACAUAAAUGCACAUUUAAAGGCUCAUACCAGUUGGCUGAUUAAUAUCGGUCAGGUUCUACUUUUUUUCAUGUAAUUUACACAAAUAAUCCACACGCGUGAAGUUUAAUAUGGAGAAGGAAAGUACACUUCUGUUAAAGUGAAAUGGUGAUUUGAAUGUCAUUUUUUAUCUGAACAACACAUUUAGAAUUAAUCUAUUCCCCAUUUUAUAUUCUCUCCAAUGCUGAAGUGUCGUUUAAGUGUUAAAAACAAUUACAUGGUUAAGGUUGGGCGAGAUCAACCGCCAAUCAGAGGCAGGGUAGGGGGCGGGUCUUUGGCAGCCCCUGGUGCGUAUUUCCGUUCCUCCGGUCUUACCCAAAUAUCGCGAGGUUUAAGCGCAUUACUCUCGGCCAAUCAGCGCGUUCGCCGGUAAACGUUCGGCCAAUGAGGCGACAGUUUCCUGUCACACGGUUGCCAGGGAGGGAAACGUCCUGCUGCUGUUCGCGGGCUGACGGAGCAGAGAGCGGAGACUCAACAGCCGCCGUCAUGGACGUGGAGAUGUCGGAGCCCGAGCGUGAGCAGAAGUCUACGGAGAAGACGGACGUGGAGGCCGGAGAGAGUUCGUCCAAAAGCUCCGGCGGUGCCUACGAGCUGCCCUGGGUGGAGAAAUACCGACCGCUGAAGCUGAACGAGAUCGUGGGGAACGAGGAGACGGUGAGCCGCCUGGGGGUGUUCGCCCGGGAAGGCAACGUCCCCAACAUCAUCAUCGCAGGUCCUCCCGGCACAGGAAAGACCACCAGCAUCUUGUGUUUGGCCCGGACGCUGCUGGGAGCCUCCAUGAAGGACGCCGUGCUGGAGCUCAACGCUUCGAACGACAGGGGAAUCGACGUGGUGAGAAAUAAGAUCAAGAUGUUUGCUCAGCAGAAAGUCACACUGCCCAAAGGACGACACAAGAUCAUCAUCCUGGACGAAGCCGACAGCAUGACGGACGGAGCCCAGCAGGCCCUCAGGAGGAUCAUGGAGAUCUACUCCAAGACGACUCGCUUCGCCCUCGCCUGCAACGCCUCGGACAAGAUCAUCGAGCCGAUCCAGUCGCGCUGCGCGGUGCUGCGUUAUUCCAAACUGACGGACGGACAGAUCCUCGCUCGGCUGCACGAGGUGGUGGAGAUGGAGCGUCUGGCCGUGUCCGACGACGGGCUGGAGGCUGUCAUCUUCACCGCCCAGGGAGACAUGAGACAGGCGUUGAACAACCUGCAGUCGACCAACUCCGGCUUCGGCUACAUCAACAGCGAGAACGUGUUCAAGGUGUGCGAUGAGCCCCACCCGCUGCUGGUGAAAAGCAUGCUGGGACACUGCGUGGAGGGGAAGAUCGACGAGGCCUACAAGGUGGUGGAGCAGCUGUGGGCACUGGGCUACUCCCCGGAGGACAUCAUCGGAAACAUCUUCAGGGUCUGCAAGACGUUCCAGAUGGCCGAGUACCUCAAACUGGAGUUCAUCAAGGAGAUCGGUUACACUCACAUGCGAGUGGCCGAAGGCGUGAACUCCCUCCUACAGAUGGCCGGACUGCUCGGGCGACUCUGCAGCAAGACGACAGCACCCCCCGCCAGCUGAACCCCCCCACACCACACACACCAACACGCACAUCUUUGGACUCUUUCCUGAGUGUCCUGUCCUCUUGAUCUUAUCACUGACAGUUCUGUACGUCCUCAGAAGCGCUGAUGCAGAAGUUCACAUCUGAUGAAGACGUUCCCAUCAGAUCAUCGUGAGUCUGGGUAAAUUCAAUAUGUUGCACUUGUUUCCUGACAGCUGACACUUUUCCCCUGUGGAGGCAGAACAAUGUAAAAAAAACACGACUGUAUCAUCUGAAAUAAAUGAAUCCUCUUUACAUUGA